GCAUCGCCUCGCAUCGCACAUGUAGUAACAGUGUGGACCUAAGAAGCAGCAGCAACUGUUGACUGAUUGGAGUAAGCAACUACUUUUGAAUGACAUAAUCACAACAAUGGCUCAGUUAAAUUAUUCUCCGAAAGAGACAACCAAAAAAGAUAUGUUUCCAGCACGAUAUAUCCUCACUUUAUUACUAUUUUUUGGGAUGUGUCUUAUGUUUGGCCACAGAGUGUGCCUAAGCGUCGCAAUGGUUGCCAUGGUUAAUACAAGCACUGAACUGCGGACACCCGAAAAUGAUGAAAACUAUGUCAGAGACGCCAACCACUGUCCGUUACCAAAUGUGACUUUGAAUGCUCCACAGUCUGUUAUAAAGGGCUUGUACUCCUGGACUCCAUACACUCAAGGACUCAUUCUAGCUUCUUAUUUCUAUGGCUACGUCAUAGCUCAAAUUAUUGGAGGAACUGUCGCAGAUUACGUUGGUGCUAAGUGUCUUUUUGGAGGGGCAACGUUCCUGUCUUCCGUUCUGACUUGUUUUACGCCUAUAGUCUCUACUUUAUCCGAAACUUACCUAAUUGUCCUUCGAAUCAGCCUCGGCUUCAUUCAUGGCAUGAAUUACCCGAGUGCGUACACAUUAUUGGCUCGAUGGGCCCCAAUACAAGAGAGAAGUACUUUAUGCUCCGUCUGUGUGAUAGGUACUCAUUUUGGGGUGGUAAUGUCCAUGCCGCUGACUGGGUACUUAUGUGAUUAUGGGUUUGCCGGAGGGUGGCCUUCUGCAUUUUAUGUUCUUGGAGCAGCUGGUCUUCUGUGGUUUGUCCUUUGGUGCUACCUAGCAUUCGACACUCCCUCUAAGCAUCCAAGAAUAAGUGCAUACGAACUAGAAUACAUUCAAAAAAAUCUACCAGAUAUGUCUAAAGAAAAACAGAAUUUACCUGUUCCAUGGCUUAAAGUUAUUCGAUCUCCGGCGGUAUGGGCGGUAACAGUAGCUAAGUUUUGUGGAGUAUGGAGUUUUCUUUGCUUUCAGAGUAAACUACCAGCCUACUUAGAUGAGGUACUGCAUUUACCUAUUCAAAAAAACGGUCUUGCGAAUGCACUUCUGUUUGGAGCUUUAUGCAUUUCCAUCGUCAUUUCCGGAAAGAUUUCUGAUUUUAUUAGAGGAAAAGGAUAUUUCAAAAUAACCUCUAUUAGGAAAGCAUUUGAAACAAUUGCUAUGGUGGGACCUGCUGCUUGCAUGGCUGCCAUUACCUUAGUUAAAUGCAAUGCUGAUGCAGUCAUAGCUCUGCUUACAUCUGCCAUGGCACUCUACGGUCUUUCCGGCGGAGGGGAUGUUCCCAUCAUAGUAGAUAUGUCUCCAGAUUUUGCUGGCAAAAUAUUUGGUGUUGCGAAUGGCAUCGCAGGUAUACCUGGUAUUCUCGCUCCAGUCGCUGCCGGAUAUCUUUUGGAAGGCAAUAAAGGGGGAGACGUUCAACAGUGGAUGUAUAUUUUCUACAUAUCUGUCGGAAUGUAUCUUCUAGGAGCUGUGGUGUUUCUGCUGUUUGCAUCAGCUGAACUUCAGCCUUGGGGAAGACUCUCUAGCAAAAGAUCUGAAGACAGCAAAAUUGAAACAACCUUGUCUGCGUAAUUUAUGAGCGAUUAUACUUAUUUCAAGAAGUAUCUGAAUAAGGAAGCUAAUUUCCUUCCUAUGAAAAAUGGAACAUUUAAAAAUUGUCUGCAUUUACUGUCCAUCUGUUAAAAUGUCUCCGAUAAAAGGGCUGAGUUUCUGUACUUAAGAUUAAUGAAUUUCAGAUUUUGGAGAGCCUAUUCGAUAAUAUGUCGUCAAACAGCGAAACUGAAAACCUGCUUGUGAAAAAAUCUAAUCUUAUUGCUGUUUUGUCUGUGAUAUUUUAUUGCGCUGUCAAUAAAUGUUUGGUUAAACUGUU